UACAAAAUUUGACUCUUUGCAGUAUGACAUCAUCCAAUAAUCACAUAUUAUAACUAUUUUAAUCAUUCAUAGACCCAAUAUAACCAGUAUUAUAAAUAUUAUAACUAUUCAUAGUCUCAGCAGACAGACCUGAGCUAGGCAGUUGAGACUCAUGAAAUCAUGAAGACCUGGUUUAUAUGUGUUAAGAGCAGGAAAACAACUGGAAUGUUCAGUGGCAAAGGUUGAGAGGUAGGUGGCCGGGAAUAAUACGGAUCCAAACUUAGAAUUUGAUUCGACCUUUGAAUCACUAUUGAUUCGCCAAGUGUCUCAAUGCUGUUCUUGAGCGGUGGUAAACAGGACAAAAAUGUUGAAAAGGGUUUCUGUAGUCACAGGGGCCAAUAAUGGCAUGGGCUUGUGCCAAGCAGGCUACAACAGAGAUGUUUUUUCUUACUGACCGGAAUGAAAAACUGGGGAAGCGGUAGAACGCCUGAAUUCCAAGGGUUUUGAUAAUGUAGUUUUUCAUCUACUCAAUAUAUGUGACCAAAACUGUUGUUUGGAGCUACGAAGGUUUUUGGAGAAAAACUAUAGAGGUCUGGAUGUUCUCGUCAACAACGCAGGAAUCGCCUUUAAAGUGAAUGCAACAGAGCCAUUUGGAGAGCAGGCUGAAGUUACCAUGCACACAAAUUUUGGGGGAACACUGUGGUGUCAUGCACUCUUCCCCCUGCUGCAGCCCAGUGCUCGAGUAGUCAAUGUGUCCAGCUUUGUCAGCAAGCGAUCGCUUGAUAAAUGUAGUCCUGAGCUACAAAGUAUGAUUUAAGUAUACAAUUUACAUACAAAAUUGCCUACUCUCUCAGAGGAGGAGCUGUGCAUGCUGAUGGCAGAGUUUGUUUCUGCUGCAUAGAGAGGAGUGCACGAAGCCCAGGGCUGGGCAAACACUGCUUAUGGAACCGGUAAGAUUGGUGUGACAGUGCUGAAUGAAACCAAAGCUGGUGAUGGCAUCCUCCUCAAUGCCUGCUGUCCAGGCUGGGUCAGAAUGGAUAUGGCUGGCCCCAAUGCCACCAAGAGCCCAGAGGAAGGGGCUGAAACUCCUGUUUACCUGGCUCUGUUGCCAGACAGAGCCAAGGAGCCACAUGGACAGUUGGUUUGAGAUAAAACUGCAGGAAUGGUAAAUAAAUAUGGAUGAACAAUUCAUAAGAUCUUGUGUUCUACCCAGAAAAUUAAGUAAAUAAAGUAUAAUUUGUUAAAGGAAUCCUAAACUUGCAUGGGAUAAAGUGAAUAAUCCCAAUUAUCCAACUAAAUUUUAGCUCUGGAGAAGGCUGAGGUAUAAUUAAGUCCUUUCCAUUUUUUUAUUCUGGUCAUAUCAUUCAACAGCAUCCUCUACCACCCUGUGAGUCUAUAAUCACCACUGAACAUGUUGACAGGAUAUUUUGUUUCCUGAACACCUGGGACAGAUGUAGAGAUGGGGAUGACAAAUAUAACAAUGUAUAUUUACACUUUUCUAUGUGAGAAUAAGCAAAAAAGCAUCGUAUUUACAUCUCAUAUUCAGAAACUUUGAACACUAAAACAAGGCUGGAUAAGGAUAUGGAUGGCAGUAAAUGUAAUAAAAUAUGAUGAAAAUAACCCAUUGUAGGAUGUUGUUUUAACAUUUUAAUUAUAUUCCAAAUUUAGACUGCAUGUGGUAUAGUUUUUAGAAGAAAAGCUUUAGUCAAAUGCAAACUUAGAACCAUCUGUCUGUGUAACUAUGUAUUGGCGUUGGGGGAUGUACAAUAUGCAUUGCAAUGCUCUGUUUACAUGCAACAAAGUUAAAAAAAAAAAAAAAAAAAAAAAAAAA